AUGGCCGUCACCCACAUCGUCCUCUUUCAAUUCAAGUCCGGCCUGACUCCAGAGGUGGUCAAUCAGGCCUGCAAGGACGUUCUCGCCCUGAAGCAUCGAUGCAUUCACCCGGCGACUGGGCAGCCCUACAUCGUCUCCUUCAGGGGUGGCAGGGAUCAUUCACCGGAGGGGAUGCAACAUGGGGUUACCCACGGGUUCGUAGCUGAGUUCGAGUCGCCAGAGGAUCGGGACUACUACGUCUCGAGCGAUCCGGUUCACUUGGGACUGGGAAGCGAGCUACAUCCUCUGGUUGAUCAGGUCAUCGUGGUGGACUUUACGUGGGAUGUGUUGUAG